AUGGCAAAAUCCGCAAACCAAAUAGCACCAACAAUCAAGACCCGUAUUCUAGUGAUUUCUGACACACACGGGCUUGAAACCCCGCCAGACAUCGUCGCGCGCCAAUAUGCAGACGUGGCAAUCCACUGCGGAGAUUUGACCACAGGAUCACUACUCGACGAGUUCAAAGACUCGAUCCGCUAUAUACAGGCUUUAAAUGCACCCCUCAAGCUGGUGAUUGCCGGAAACCACGAUUUUACUAUGGACAUUCCGGUUUUCCAGAAAAAGGCGAACGACGCUAGUAAAUACCUCGACCAAGAUCACAUACAUCGCUUUUACGGUGCUUUCGGACAAUCUAGGGAACUUUUUGAUCAAAAGGACCUCGGUAUCACAUUCUUGGAUGAGGGGUCCCAUUCUUUUCGUCUUGAGAACGGUGCUCUGUUGAACGUUUAUGCAAGUCCUUACACUCCUUCAUAUGGUGAUUGGGCUUUCCAGUACAAACCAGACAGCGGACACGACUAUCAAAUUGGCAAUGCAGAUCUAGUGAUGACACAUGGUCCCCCAAAAGGUAUCUUGGAUCGGACACGCUCUGGUGAACGGGCAGGCUCUACAUGUCUCUUCAAGGCUGUAGCUCAGCAUCGACCGUUGUUGCAUUGCUUCGGGCAUAUACACGAGGCCUGGGGUGCGAAACUGGUGAAGUGGCGCGAUCCAAUCAGUGCAGAGCCUUCUCAUUUGACUGAUAUUGACAACGAAAAGUCUAUGCCCAUUUCCAACCUAGCUGCUGUUAGUGGAAAUGCCGAGGUUGAAAAAUUGGUCGCUACAAGUCAUUGCCCUGGUGAUCUGCAUCCACUUCAGCGGGGCUCUGGCACACUAUUCGUCAAUGCUUCGGUGGAGGGAUCGGAGGAUCUUCCCAUCCAGCCAUCCUGGCUCGUGGAUCUUGAGCUUCCAGCAGCUGUUUGA